AUGAGUGGCCUCCUCGAAUCACUAUUGAUUGAACUUGGUUUACGAUCUCACCCUCUGCCACCCCCGCCGGUUAGCCAGCCACAUGACCACCAAGCUGAGUCUCGCCUUAACGAACCGCCAGAGGCCACAAUAAGCGAACGCGAAGAGGACAGUCUAGCUUCCAGGCCAGAUCAAGACUGCACGCAUAAAGCAAACUGCGGAGAUGCGGGGUCUCUGCAUAGACCUCCCUUCUUCACAACAUUACCCAAAGACAUGGAUGGACGAAAUUUGCAGCCGGAGAGCAAUCAAGGAGCCUCCUACAACACACCUGGAUCCAUUCACAAUGUAACUGCUGUCACAGAUGGUCCGUCCGAUCACACACAUGAAGCAAGUGUCAAUAUGCAGCAGGUCAGUUCUGGGAACACCCAGGACUCGCGUCUUGAGACAGUGAAUAUGCAAAUUCCGCCACAAGAUAUGACUGCUUUGACAGCAACAGAGGGUUCCAGACGACCAGUAAGCAAUGCGUCUGAUUUCGAUGGAGCGGGUCAGUCUUCGCUUCCGGCGGAUGAUGGGAUGGGUGUUCUGAGAAGCAGGAUCAUUGCCAUCAGGAACCUAGAAGUUACCAAUGGAGAAAAAGCACGAAAGGUCCAUGACUUGAUGACAGAAAGCUACAACUCGUUGCGAGAACCUUUCAAUGUCUCUUCCACGAGGUUGUUAUCCCCGCCCUCGAGCCCACUGAGCGGUAUAUCUGAAUUGCACCAAACAGAUAUAGACGGUAUUUGUCAGUUUGAGAGCUCCUUCAAUCUCACACCCGAAGAUUUGCAGCCCACCUACGUGCCCAAGACGGAGCCUGAACCACACGAGUGCGAGUUGGGCGAUGAAGAUCUGGAUACGGAAGAGUUAGAAGAGGCCACACUUGGCUGUGUGCACUACCACCGCAAUGUGAAGUUGGAGUGCCAUACUUGCAAGAAAUGGUACAACUGUCGGUUUUGUCACGAUGAAUUGGAAGAUCACCCCCUCAUUCGCCGAGACACAGAGCACAUGCUGUGUAUGCUAUGUGGUCAUGCCCAGCCUGCGGCACAGGACUGUAGAAAAUGCGGUGAGCAGACAGCGCAGUAUUAUUGUGAGAUAUGCAAGCUCUGGGACAAUGACAGCAAAAAGAGCAUAUACCACUGUAACGACUGCGGGAUCUGUCGAAUUGGACAGGGUUUAGGAAAGGAUUUCUUCCAUUGCCUGACUUGCUGUGUUUGUCUGCCGAUGUCGAUUGAAACCACUCAUCGUUGCAUUGAACGAUCCACCCAGUGUGACUGCCCUAUCUGUGGAGACUAUAUGUUCACGUCUCCCGAAACCGUUGUCGUCAUGCGAUGUGGUCACAGCAUUCAUCACAAGUGCUUAUCGGAGUACUCCAAAAGUUCUUUCCGUUGUCCAAUCUGCAGUAAGACGAUUACCAAUAUGGAAGCCACUUUUCGAAACCUAGAUCGCACCAUUGAGAGUCAACCUAUGCCUACAGAGUUCAAGGAUACCAAGGGUCUUGUUUAUUGCAAUGAUUGUGGCUCAAAAUCAGUUGUCAAGUACCACUGGUUGGGUCUAAGAUGCGAGCUAUGUGAAUCAUACAAUACCGCUCAACUUCGCAUUUUGCAUGGAGAUAUGUCAGCUCAACCUGAGGAAGAUAAUGCUGAACAUCUUCCAUCUCGACCUCGAUCAUCUUCAGUCAUGGAAAAUGAGGACUCCAUGUCAUCUUCGCUAGCCGGAUUAACUGUCGAUCCCGGCUCGGCUCCCCGUUCACGGCUCAGUGUACCAUCAGUGGAGCCCGAGAGACAGUUUGCAUCGUACAACAUUACUCGCGGUCGUGCUGUCUCGCCAGUCGUGAGUAAUUACUUUGGACUUCCGACUGAGCGUGAAUCUGAGAAGCCUUCGUCAUUGCCCUUCUUUGGAAGUCCAUCAUCGCGCAGUGUUAACGAGACCGACUUUGGCGCAUUCAAUUUCCUGAGCAAGAAGCUCACUUACCCAUACGGGCUGUUUGGAGGCGAGACAAAGGCUGCUGAUAACAUAUCAGAAAGCGGCGAGGAAGACGAAAAUGACGCACAGUCCGAUGACUCUGCUGAAUCAGCUGGCUCUCAGGGCAACGAGGAUGACGAGGAUGAAGACCACCUCGAUAUAUUUGGCCAUCGAUGA